UUUAGAUACCAAAUCCAACGCUAUGAGGGCGCCUCCACUCUGUUUGGUCCGUACACUCUGGACGCGUAUAUUCAACAAUACAGUCGAUUAGCCACGAGUUUAGCCAAAGGCGUGUCAGUAGAUCCGGGACCCGCCGAACCCAAUCUUCUAAGUCAACAAAUAUGUCUCAAACCGGGCGUUAUAUACGACGGCGCGCCGUUCGGCAAGAGAUUUGGCGAUGUGUUGGCGGACGCCAACGACCGCUACAGUCCCGGUGACAGAGUUAAAGUGACUUUCGUGAGCGCCAACCCCAGGAAUGACGUGAGGGCUGAGAGCACUUUCCUGGCCAUAGAGAGAUUGAAUGCCACCUCUUCUAAUUGGACUCUCAUUGCCACCGAUGCCAACUGGGAGACCAGAUUUUAUUGGCGCCGAACCAACACAUUCUUCGGCGAGAGUGAAGUGGAUAUUGUUUGGGAUAUUCCUCAGGAUAUCGAGGCCGGCAAG